GCGGGGCCGUGCGGCGCGGCCUGCGGCGGCGGGAUGGAGCGCGGCGGCGGGGCGGCACACACCCCCCCGGCCCCGCCGGGCCCCGCCGGCCUCUCGGCCUCCCAGCGCCGAGCCGAGCUGCGGCGGAGGAAGCUGCUGAUGAACUCGGAGGAGCGGAUCAACCGCAUCAUGGGCUUCCACCGGCCCGCGGCGGGCAAGGAUGAUGAAAGUCACACAGAAUCAAGGCUUCAGCACGAACAAGAUAAAUCAAACUCCCUUCCUGUUCCUUCAGUUUCCAAGCGAAUCGUGCUUGGGGAUUCUGUCUGCAGCGUGGCAGGCACAGCUGACCAUGGCAGCAUGGUAGACCUCAAAGGGGACAAGGACUUGUUCAGCAAAGCUCCAGAGCUUCUCAGUGAGGGCACAAGUGAGCUCCGUCACCGUGCCAGAGGGGACCUGCCAUCUGAAGGUGCUCCACGGCCACCUAGACAUGGAUUAGAGCAGUACUUGUCCAGAUUUGACGAAGCUCUGAAGUUGAGGAACCAACUGAUGAAUGAGAAGCCAAGCCAAGAGAAUGGGAAUGCAGUGGAGGAGUUUGACUCUUUCCGCAUUUUUAGAUUGGUGGGAUGUGCUCUGCUGGCCGUCGCAGUCAGGGCUUUUGUGUGCAAGUACCUGUCAAUAUUUGCACCAUUUCUUACUUUACAACUUGCUUACAUGGGACUGUCCAAGUACUUUCCAAAGUGUGAGAAGAAGGUGAAAACCACAGUUCUGACUGCUGCUCUUCUACUGUCUGGAAUCCCUGCAGAAGUGAUUAGUCGCUCCAUGGACACCUACAGCAAAAUGGGAGAUGUUUUCACAGAUCUUUGUGUCUAUUUCUUCACUUUUAUCUUUUGCCAUGAACUUACUCUGCUGUUUGGUUCUGAAGUACCAUGAUGGCUGUAGAAUUCAGUGCAGUAGUUAACACUAAAGCUUUCUGGACUGUAUUCCUUUAACAUCUGACUAUGCAGAGAGGUUGAAACCUUCAUUUAAAUUCUUCUCUGUUUGAAUGCUUGAAAGGAGCCUUAAAUCCAGUCACUUAAGGAAAGGAAGAGCAGGGUCCCAGACUGCCAGUUGUAUUGGUUCAGUUUAUUUAGAUGCUGUAUCUGCCUGUUACAAAUGUAAAUUAUUUUUUUGGUUCAGUUAGGUGAUCUCAUUUACAAAGCUGCCUUUGUUCUUUUCAGUGAGAACAAAGAAAAGAUAAUUAAUUUCAGCAGAACCAUAUAUAUAUAUUUAUCUCCAGUAGGACUGUAGCUAACAACAACUGCUCAUUUUGUGGUGUUGGCAUUUUUUAAAAGAAAUCUCUCAAUAAAAGGAAUCCCUGUAUUUCUGUUGUUCAGAUCCAGAAUGUUGAACCAAGUAGCUAUUUCUGGACAAUGAUGUGGUGAAACAUGCCACUUCACUGUCCUAAUCUUCACCUUCCUAUGCAUUAUUUAUUGUGAUUGUGAUUAAUUUAAUUUGAUGAUUAUAGUGCAAAACAGCUCAGCAAAACCAACAGCAAAAAAGUCCUGUUGCUUACAAAUGUCAUUAAUCAAAAAGUGGGAAGAAACAAAAUUGUUGAUCUCACCUGUUUGUGAUUUUCCAGCAGCCUAAUACUAGUGUAGCUCAUACUUGUGCUUUCAUUCUAAUUUUUUUGUUUGCUUAUUUUGACAUUUUACCUCAUGAUGGGAAAGGUGUAUAUAUUGGCAACCAAACUGCAGUAUCAGGUGUUUGCUCUAGUGUGUGUAAGACUUAAAAGGGAACUAUUUUUUUUCCUAGCUCCUUGCAGGAUUGCAUAAAUCAGCUUUUAGUAUGACAUGAAUUUCUGCAGUUUCUCCCUGUUUAUUACCAGAUAUUUCCAUGUAAGCAGGAUCCUGCUUUGGGGGAGUUCUGCUCCUGCUGUGUGACACCACAGCCCAACAGCCUUUGAUUCAGCAGUGAUGCACAUUCAUGGUUUUGGUGUUUGCUUGAAGCUGCCCCAGUGAAAUCCCAGCAGCCCUUCCUGUUCAAAUCCUGUGUGCUGGAAGUGACAGGGGAAUAAAACCCAGUGCUUUGAGUUGACUCCCACCUGAAGGUUUAUGUAUGAAGGGGAAGAGCAUGUUUUCCUUUUGGCUGUGGAUGUCCAGCCAUGUAGGUGGAAUGAAGACAGAGGGAUCCUGGCACUGGGUGAAGUCCCAGGCUGGUGAAUUCUCUUGUUUCCAAUCUCAUUUUGCACAGGGAGAGGAAGGAAGUGUCAUUCCAAAGAGCUUAAACCCUCAUCAUCUCUGAAAAUUGCCUUUGAAGCUAAAUUGGGUAUUUUCAACUUGUUUAGAAUCUGGACUUGCAACUAAUUUAGGCCAAUGCCUUUUUUAGCAUAGUGAAACACCUAUUUAUGUUAGUAUUUGCAGAGAUUUUUUGAGGGAGCAAAAGUGUUUCAUUAUGCCUCUUUCAAGUAAAAAGCCCUGCUUUCUGCUUAAUCUUUUCUGUUAAAGCUUCCUGCCAUAAUUUCAGCACAGCAUUUCUGGCUCCUGAGUUAGAUACGUUUGUUUGGGGCAUGUAAACAAGAAGCUCAUGUUUUUAUUUGUACAUUUUCAUUUUUUUUUUUUUUUUUACUGAUUAUUUUAUAGUGAGUAUUGUGUUACAGGUAUCCAGGGCUGGGCUGCAAAAGAUUCUGACUUGGGUCUGUUAAGUAAAAAUAUUUAUUCAGAAGCUUUAAAUUUGUUUAUCUUAGACAGGAAUGUCAGUGAAUUGAAAUAGCUGUCAUUUAAAUUAAAGUUGAGAUACGUAAAUAAUGAGUUUGCUCAGAAGUUGCACUUGUUUUGACUAUUUAUAUGCCCAAGUGAAAUAAAAAUAAAUCACAAAAAUACUGUGUACUAA